UAUCCCUGAAGGGUCUCAUCAGUAUGAACUCUUAAAACAUGCAGAGGCAACUCUAGGAAGUGGGAAUCUGAGACAAGCCGUUAUGUUACCAGAGGGAGAGGAUCUCAAUGAAUGGAUUGCCGUGAACACUGUAGAUUUCUUCAACCAGAUCAACAUGUUAUACGGAACUAUUACAGAAUUCUGCACUGAAGCAAGCUGUCCAGUCAUGUCUGCAGGUCCAAGAUAUGAAUAUCAUUGGGCAGAUGGUACUAAUAUUAAAAAGCCAAUCAAAUGUUCUGCACCAAAAUACAUUGACUACUUGAUGACUUGGGUUCAGGAUCAGCUUGAUGAUGAAACUCUUUUUCCUUCUAAGAUUGGUGUCCCAUUUCCCAAAAACUUUAUGUCUGUGGCAAAGACCAUUCUUAAGCGUCUGUUCAGGGUUUAUGCCCAUAUUUAUCACCAGCACUUUGAUUCUGUGAUGCAGCUGCAAGAGGAGGCCCAUCUCAACACCUCAUUUAAGCACUUUAUUUUCUUUGUUCAGGAGUUUAAUCUGAUUGAUAGGCGUGAGUUGGCACCUCUUCAGGAAUUAAUUGAGAAGCUUGGAUCGAAAGACAGAUAAAUAUUUCUUCUAGAACACAGUUACCCUCUUGUUUCACCUACUGCUAGAGCUCUCUCAUUGCUAUCUGUUAUAGACCAGUGAUACAAACUUUAAGAAAACAGGAUAAAAAGACACCUUUUGUCUGUGUCUGCUGAUAAAAAUUGUCCUAAAGGUAGGUCGGCCCAGUAUCUUCAGAGUGAGAAAUUCAGGACAUAGCCACAUCUGAGGCACUAUGUGACCACUUCUUUUAUUGUCACAGAGUCACACUUCUGUUACAUGUGAUUAUUAAACUGUAGUUUAUCAAUUUACUUAUUAUUAUUUUUUUUACUGAAGAAAAUGAUUUAAACUGUUUCAGGUUAUAGCAUAAUGUAUAUUAAGAAUUUCUACCAAUAAUUUAGUAACAAGUUUCUCCACAAAUUUCCUAACAUACUUAGAUUGGUUUUUUCCUGCCCCCCCCCCUUUUUUUUUUAACAAAUUAGACAUUUAACAAAAAGAGACAUUUUUAAGUUUCCUUAAGAUUUAGAACAUUUGUGUCACUUUGGAUAAUCUAGUUUGAAGUUGUUGUAUACUAGUGUUUUUAUUGAUAAUACAUGUUUGUAUCUUUUUUCAAAAUCCAUGAUUUCAAUGUAAAUCAUAUGACAUGUAUGGGAGUAAUCAGUUAUUUCUAAAUGACUUUAUUUUUUAAUCUUUAUUUGGGAUUUUAUUCACAUAUGAACCUAUCUAAAUGUUUGGAGUAUAGUAUCAGAAAUAAUUUUUUAAGGCAUCUUAUAGAUUUGUAUUUUGAAAUACUUCAUUCAGAUUAAUUUUAAUAGGUAGCUUUGGCUGAGGAAAAAAACUUCCAAAAAAUUAUGACAAGUUCAGAUCUCAAAAUAGUGAUUUUCAUUCACGUUGCCUUGAAAGGGUAGGAGAAUGGAAGAAAGUACCCAUGAGCUUCCUUUUUUAAAAAAUUAUUUCUAUGUUUUUAUUGUGACUUAAGACUUAGUUAACUGAAUAGUGUAGAACUGCACGAACUUUAUCACAAUAAGGAUAAAACUUAAGGAAAACCGCAAUAAAAAAGGCCUUGAAAGGUGUAUACAUUUUAUAACACAGCUAAAAGUUUGGUGUGUUACCUAUUUUUUAAUUGUGUGUGUUUAUGUCUAAAGGAGAUAGACUAGGAGGAAUAUGUAAAAAAAAUCUUGUGUUAGUAGUCAAAGGAUGGAUUGAACAUCCAUAAGCGUUUUAUCCUGUUUUAAUUGUUUUUGUAUCAAAACUUGAAAUUAUUCUAUUUCUAUUAGGUAAAGAGAAUCUUUCCCUUUAGUAAGAAAAGAUCUGAUUUUCAUUAGGUUUCUAGGAUUUAGUAAUCUCUAGUUGACUGUUGAGGCACAAGUAUACUCAAGCCUUGCCAGACUCCCACCACUUUAAGUUCAUCAGCAUUGUUUCAGAGCUGUGACUUGCAAAGUGCUCACCAACUUCCUUGAUGGCUUUGAAAAAGGUUAGCCUUGAUAGGGUUUUUUGUUAUUUAUUUUUAUUAUUCCAUCAGAGUUUAAAGAAAAGAAUUGCUUAGAAACUCCAUUUUUAUAAUAACUUCAAUAAAUUCUUAAACAUAUAUGGAAUUUUAAAGGCAACAAAACAUUUCAUCUGAUUUAGGUGGAAGCCAUACCUCAUUGUUUCAGGAAUUAAAGAGUGAGAUAAUCACUUAUGAAAAAAAGAGAAAAGCCCUCUAUGAGACAUUCCACAAUUCAUGGUUUAAGUUUAUUCAAAGGUCCCUGUCAUCCUGUCUGUAUGUUUAUGUUGAUCAUUUACAAAUAAGCAGGUUUCUAGAUGUGACCUAAAAUGUUACUGCAUCUUGACUUUAAACCUUGUUGACUUUAAUUAAGUCUGCAAAGAAUGAAAUUGGAUACUCAACUAGUGUUGUACCUUUGUCAUCUUUUCUAUUUUAAAUAUUCUCAAAAGGGUGCUCACUUUUCUCCAGUUCUUUUCAGUGUAGAAAUCCUCUCUUCAUGACAGCCCCAAAACAAACCAAAGAUGGUCAUGUUAGAAUAGUAGUAAAGGCAGCUUAUUAAUGAAACAAAUAACAUUGUUGGUAAUUUGAGACUCAGAACGGACUUUUUAAAACAAGCAAGCAAACAUUACCAGGUUCCCAAACUAAUCUGGCUUAACCACCAAUGCAGCUAAAUAUUUGUAUUAAUGUUGUUUAUAUCCAAGGCUAGGGAGUUGAGGGCAGAAUUGGAGGAAGAGGAGAGAAUGACCCCUUACUGACUUCACUAGAGGGCCAAUAUUUGAUAAGAGUUGGAAGAAAUCAGUCUGCCUUUGACACCUCUCACUUUUGAUUUAUCUCCCUAUUGCCCAGGGUCUGCCUCUUCCACAACAAUCUCUCCUGUGCCCACUCCUAAUCACAAGUCAUCUCCUCUGUCCAGUUGCUGUGCCUCACACCUGAUAACUGUCAUGGGGUGGGGAGUGUUUUGUACAUUAUGCAGUUAAUCCUUUGGUGCUUUUAUUUCCAAGCCUUUAAAAAAACUUUGGCAGUGAUGUGCAUAUUUUUGUUUAAAUAUUGAAACUUCCUUGUACUACUUCCUGUGUUGACAAACAGAUGUAUCCUUCUCCAGACUGAAUAAAGUGAUUUUAGAGGGCUGCCA